AUGCCAAACGACAAUGAAGCCGAAAGAUUGUCUGCGCAAGAAAUCGAAGAGCAACCGUUAUUGCAGUCGGAUCCAGGUCCUGCGACUUGGACCCCACCGCCAGGAUUCCUACUGAUCCAAAUCGCAAUCAUGGCCAAUGUAUUUCUUGGCGGGUUUGACGGCACCAUCACUGCCUCAACCUAUGCUGUGAUCAGUUCCGAGUUCAACGCCGCGAACACUGCUUCGUGGCUAACAACCUCGUACUUGAUCACAAGCACAGCGUUUCAGCCUCUCUAUGGCCGGUUCUCCGAUAUCCUCGGUCGCCGGUCUUGUUUCUUCACUGCAACCAUCACCUUCAUGGUUGGUUGUCUCGGAUGUGGCGUGGCCCGCAAUGUAAUCUUUUUGAACAUCAUGCGCGCCUUGACGGGCAUCGGAGGCGGAGGAUUAAUGACUAUGGCAACAAUCAUCAACUCGGAUCUCAUUCCCUUCCGCCAACGCGGCAUGUACCAGGCAAUUCAGAACGUCUCAUACGGCUUCGGAGCCAUCUGCGGUGCUUCUUUCGGAGGUGCCAUCGUUGACUCGAUCGGAUGGCGCUGGUGCUUCCUGCUCCAGAUCGGCAAGCCCAAGGAAUUUGGCGCCAAAUUGAUGUUCUGGGCGCUUGUCUGCUCAUUCUGGCUCUCUCGGUUCAACUGGUCGGGCUCAGCCUGGGGGGGCAACAUUCUCCCUUGGACACAUAUGUGGGUAAUUCUGCCAUUGGUCUCUAGUGUGUUAUUACUAGCUGCGUUUGUCGCCGUUGAAGCGAAAACCACUGCCGCACCUUUGAUUCCUUUGAAGAUGCUGCGAGGACAGCUCGCUGUUUCCACGCAGAUCGCCAACGUUUGUGUCGGAAUGGCAGCCUACGCAUACCUCUUUACUCUGCCUCUCAUGUUCCAGGUGAUACUCCUCGAUUCGCCUAGCAAGGCUGGUACCCGACUGGUGGUUCCCUGUCUGUUCACCCCACUAGGUGGACUAUUAGCGGGAAUCAUCAUGUCACGCUGGGGCAGACUGGCCUCCAUUGUGCGCGUCGGCGCGGCCCUGAUGUUCGUGGGCAAUGUGCUUGUCACACUCCUUCGAUUCAACGACUCGCAAUGGAAGUAUUUCGCCUAUGUUAUUCCCGCCAAUCUGGAUCACGCCGUCUCCGCCUCAACCGUCUACCUCAUCCGCUCCCUCGGAACCGUAUGGGGCGUCGCAGUGACCGCCACCAUUAUGCAGAAUACACUUAACUCAGGCCUCGGGGAGGCCUUGAGUGGAAUACCAGACAAAUGGAAAGUAAUCGAUGAGAUCCGCCACUCGGUCUCGGCUAUUUAUGAUCUCCCUCCGGAUGUGCAAAUGGCCGCUCGACUGGUGUACUACCGCGGGAUCAGACUCUCUUUCAUGGCCUCGGCGAUCUUUGCUUUUAUCGCGACCGUCGCUUCUAUCUUUACCCGUGGAAAGGGUUUGGAGCGUGCGGGCGGAAAGGAGAGGCGUGGUGCUUAUGGUGAGGUCAACCAUCACGCCCAGACCGGAUGGAUUGGCGCCUGGCGCUCAACCCGCGUUGAUCGAGAAAUGGAGGUGGGAAUGGGCGGAAGUAGAUUGAAAGGUGACCGCACAGUCCAGAGCACUGAUGCUCAAUGCGACAGGUGGUAG